GCUUUUUCUUUUCCUAUAAAUCACACACCAUCUCCUUUCUAACUUCAUUGAACUCUCCAAUGGAAGGUACUUUUGCAGUCUCUGCAAUAACUACUCUGUUUUUCCUAAUCCAAUUACUCUGUUUCACAAGUGGAUUUCCAGCCUAUGAUGAUCAGGACACUGAAUACAUCAAGACAUCAUGUACCAACACCACAUACCCCAGACUCUGCUACAGAUCUCUCGCAAUCUAUGCAAGCAAAAUCAAGAGUGACCCCAAAUUACUAGCCAAAACUGCUCUAAAUGUGACGUUUGUCUCCACCAGAUCGACUGCAAGGUUGAUGAAGAGGAUAUCAAGAAUCCAUAAUUUGAGGCCUAGAGUGGCUGGAGCAGUAGCAGAUUGUGUUGAAUUGGUUGGUGAUUCUGUUGAUGAGCUGCAGGGUUCUAUUGGAGAGAUGGAUCAUGCCAGAGGAGGACCAAAUUUUGGGCUCGUGAUGAAUGAUAUACAGACAUGGGUUAGUGCGGCAUUGACAGAUGAUGAUACUUGUAUGGAUGGGUUUGAUGGUAAGGCCAUGAAUGGAAGAGUGAAGAUCUUGGUGAGGAAACAUAUAUUGAGAGUUUGUCGUUUGACUAGCAAUGCUUUGGCUCUUGUUAACAACUAUGCCUCCUCUCAAACUGGAGCUCCCUUGCCUUAGUUAAUGUUACUCUGGUAUGUAUUUAUCUAUGUAUGUAUACAUGUCCUGCUAAAUCUAAAACCAAAAACACUCAAAAGAAGGAGAAGAAGAAGAACCCACUUCAAUUUCAAGCAAAUUUUCCGAUGUGGUUCUUUUUUCAAGCUUUAUCUUUAAUUAUUAUGUGCACUUUCAGGCAUCCAAGAGGAAGGAAGGGUGUACUGUAGACUGUAGACUGUAGUGCAUGUUUUAGAUAUUUAUAGUUAUAGAUACAUAGAAGAAAGUUUUGUUUUUUCUUCCUAUGUAGGCUGAGUCAUGUGUGAACAUUAUGUGUAACUGCAAGAUAUGUGUACAGUUCAAGAUGAUCAAUAGAGGGAACUCAUUACGUAAA